AUGCACUCAUCGCAUGCCGAUGCCUCCCAGCUAGCGAGCUGGAAAGCGGCAGCGAACACUGGUGUCAUUGCUGUGGCCAUCAUCGUCCUCCUCGCCAUCUUUAUCGUUCGAGUGGCGUCGAAAUCGAAACCGUACCAGCUGUUUCCCGUCUGGGCAACACUUGAGAUUGGGUUAACUUCGCAUCUUCUCUCCGAGAAUGGACUGGGUCGCCGUAUUCUUGGAUCUCUUGUUGGGCUCUCAUCAAAACACCAAAUACUCAUCGAUUCGCCGCACAUCACACGGUUGAUGGCAAAAUCCAUCUUAGAUCCUUUGCCGUCUCAGUACACCCUUCUCGUCCGUGUAUUCGGCGGCGUAGACUCACUGCAAUUCAAAGAAAAGAUGGACGCUUCAAACAGGGAUCUACGAGCACCUGUCGAGAAAGUCUUCAUGAACGAGAACGCUGCCACUGCUGCUUUGGAGAGAGCCUGUAUACCCGAAAAAGUGAAGUCCUUCGUGACCUUCCAGUCUAAUCCUCGCGACAUGGAGUUGUGGGAGCAUUCGGCACAAAUACGGGUGAUCAACCCUGAAUCCGGUGGUGUUGAGAAAGUGGAGGCAAACUUCCAAAGCUUGAUUCGAGACUUUGGCGCCUGCAUCGCCAUCCCACAGCUAUACGGUCGCGAUUUCCUCGAUCGAUAUCCACAGGCACUAGAGGAUCUGUGGAAGUUUGAUAACGAUCUCUUCCCCCUUUUAAUGAUUGGCCUGCCUCUGUGGGCUCCUUUGAAAGUGAUGAAAGAGGGUCUCGCUGCGCGGACCCGUCUCAUCACUGAACUCGAGGCUUUGUAUCGCCGAAUCGACCAGUACCAGCAGGGAGAUCCUGUCGAUUUCGACGCUGAUAUGCGCGACGUUGGUGAAACAGCAUUGGGAAGGAACAACGUCUACAGGAGGGAAGGUUGGUCCUUCCCUGAGCGUGGUGCUGGAGACCUUGGACUCCUUUGGGGCCAGAAUGCGAACACGCAACCACUCCUCUUCUGGCUGUUAACCUACUUAUAUUCCACGCCCGAUAUCUUGGAGCAACUCCGCGAGGAACUGACCCCAUAUAUUACGAUGUCUACGUCCAUCCCCAGAGAAUUGACAUCGAUGGAUAUGCAAGGCUUGUCAAGGAAUUGUCCGUUGCUGAAGGCGUGUAUUUACGAGACCUACCGUCUUGUCCAUUAG